AUGGACUCUGAGCCAACAACACCAGUUCGCGUUCCAAAAGCAGUAUCGACAUACACACCGACCACACAAGACCCUGAUCUCCGCUCACAAAUUAAUACCGUGCUUCUACGGGACGGGCACAUUUCCAAAAUCCAAGAAACCCUCAUCCACGCCCUCCACGCAAGCCCCACCAACUGGCCCACCGUAAUCCAAGACCACGCACUCGCUCUCCUCCGCUCCGGAGAAAUAUCAACAUUUCCAGCAUUGAUGUCGCGCGUGCUGGAGGAUAUAAGGGAAGAUAGUAUUGCUGCAAGGCAACGAGAGGGGCAAACAAAUGGUGCAAAUGGCAAUAGCAAGACAGGUGAAAAGGGUGGAGGAAAGGGAAAAGGGCAGAAUGGCGUUAGCUUGGCACUUCCCAAAAGCGUUGUUGAAGAGGGUGUUAAGAUUACGAGAGAGUGUUUGGAGUUGGUUUGUGAGGUUGGCCAUGAGUGA